AUGUUGCAGGAGGAGAAUGAUGAUUGCGAUGAUGAUGAUGAUGAUGAUGAUGAUGAUGAUGAUG